CCCAACUUGAUCAACAACAAUGUUUCUUGUCUAACGUCGUCUGGUGCAGUGUUAUUAUGUCGGUGUCUAAGGGUUGGGUGACCAGCAAUGUUACCUUGGAGGGCAAAACUGCCCUCAUCACUGGUGCUAAUUCAGGAAUUGGAAAAGAAACAACAAGGGAGCUAUCAAAGCGAGGUGCAAAAGUUAUUAUGGCGUGCAGAGAUCUUGCAAAUGCUGAAGAAGUCAAAAAAUCUAUUAUUGAAGAAUUUCCAAAUGCAAAAGUUGAAGUGGGAAAAUUAGAUUUGGGAUCGUUGAAAUCUGUGAGAGAAUUUGCAAAAAGUGUAAAUGACAAUGAAAAUAGAUUGGAUAUUUUAAUUAAUAAUGCAGGAGUUAUGUGUUGCCCUCAAGGCAAGACUGAGGAUGGGUUUGAAAUGCACUUGGGUAUCAACCACAUUGGACACUUUCUCCUUACAAACCUUUUGUUGGAUCUAAUAAAAAAAAGUGCACCAAGUCGAAUAAUUUGUACUGCAUCUUCUGGGUACAAACGUGGUGUGAUGAAAUGGGAUGAUUUAAUGUGUGACAAAGAAUAUGUGCCGUUUAAUGUUUAUGCCAACAGCAAGCUAGCAAACUGUUUGUUUGCUCGCGAGUUAAGUCGUCGGCUAGAAGGCACAGGCGUCACCUGUAAUUUGAUUCAUCCUGGUUUAGUUCUUACCAACCUUGGUAGGCAUAUGUAUGGGGAAGGUCGAUCAAUUGGUAAACGUAUCUUACAUGCAAUAACGUGGCCAAUUGUGUUGUUGGUGUUCAAAUCUCCACAGCGAGGAGCACAAAGCACAAUAUUUUGUGCAGUUGCUGAAGAAUUGAAAAAUACAAGUGGAAAAUAUUACAACAGCGACAGUGAGGAAGAACAACUGUUGGAUAAAGCUUUAAAUGAAGAUGAUGCACAAAAGUUGUGGAAAAUCACAGAAAAACUGUGUGGAUUAAAUACAGAUGCUGAUACAGCAUAAAUAUUACUUUUUAUAAGAAAAUCCCACCUGCAUGUGCUAAUUUAUCAGUUGAUGGACAUGUAAAUUUUAUAUAUUUUGCACUCAUACCUAAUGGUCUUUUUUUUGCGAGCAGUAUUUAGUAUUACAGUGGCAAAUGGCCGCCAAUGUGUUUAGUAUUGUUGCAAAAUGUGUCAGGAAAUACAUUUAAAUAUUGCAUUGCAUUUUAUAUCUUUAGGCAUAUCACAAUUUUUCCAUAUACUGUCAUAAUGAAUAUAAUACUAUUUGCAUUCUUUUUUUAUAUACAACUUAUUAAUUC